CAGUGUCAUGGUCGCCGGUAGAGGGGUCAGAGGAGUGUACACAAUUGAUUUAGUCUCUGACGUACACGUGUUUUCACACUUUAGCCAAGAUAAUUAGCAUGUUUGAUAUGUCUAUGCAACAUUAGUGCCAAUUUGAUACAUUGUCGUCCGGUUUUGGCUGUCAGCCUGCCAGCCACACUCCGGCAAACCUGCACGCGCUGUAUACAAAAAUGUCCCCUCCCCUCUUUCUGCAGUCCACACCGCUGGAAAAACAAACGCCGAUUUUCGCACCCCGUCUUGGUUUUCUGCACAAUCCCAUUCGCCGAAAUUAGAACCAGAGUGCUCAUUUCCAUAUUGCCUUUCCCAACAUACUCCGCCCGUCUCCUCCAUCCUCAUGGCGAGGCUGAUGCUGAUGCGAGUGUAUAGUUAGCAUCUUCUCAUUCACUCCCUCUGGCUCCACACGUCCACGUGCGGCUCUCGUCAAUCUUUUUAUACGCUUUCUUUAUCUCUUUAUUAAAUCUGUAAGUCUGUAAAACGCUAUUUUUAGCAUUCAUUCUUUUCUUCUCCGAAAAUUCCAUUAGAAGCAGGCAUUUUUCUAGUGUUUGGAAUUAUAUGAAUGAGCUAAUUCAGGUACCUUCUUGAAGACGGGACGGGCUUUGUUAAAUCAGCUUCGCCUCAAGUCUACAACCCUUUUGGAUUGUGCGUGUUUUUAUCAGUUGUUUGUAUUGUUUGAACUGUCAAAUCAAGAACGGCGCCGCUGCACAGCUCGCGCGCAUCACCGCUGCUCCAUGGAGACAUAAGCCGCGCGCGUCGCGCUCAUUCACUGUGAAUUAAACCCAACUACAGCAAGUCAACAGCCGAGUGUCCACCGGAAUCAACACACCUUCAUUGUACAAACUUGCUUGUCAAAUUUCUCACAGCCCAUACAGGAGCUACCCAACACAAUGAACCUCUGUUAACGUACGUCUGUCUGUCAGAGCAGAGGGUUAUUAAUCGUCAACUCUGCGACUGGUGGACAAGGUUACCUCCACACCGCCACCAUGUUUCAUCUGCGCCUUUCGAGAUCCUCGUUUUCCUCCAUCACACCAUGCCUUUCUUCAGUCCUCCUCCUGAUCUUCCUCUCAGGCCUCACUCAUCUUUCUCAGGCUAGCGGUGACGUAUCCCACAGCGGCCCGGGAAACUGUUCAGGAGAGGACAGCUGCUCUGAAGGAGUCGUCCUUCCCAUCUGGAACCCCCAAAACCCCUCGGUGGGCGACAAGGUGGCACGUGCCAUCGUCUACUUCGUGGCCCUCAUCUACAUGUUUCUGGGCAUGUCCAUCAUCGCAGAUCGCUUCAUGUCAUCCAUUGAAGUCAUUACUUCUCAAGAGAAGGAGAUUACAAUCAAGAAACCCAACGGCGAGACCACCACGGCCACUGUUCGCAUUUGGAACGAGACCGUAUCCAACUUGACCCUCAUGGCUUUGGGAUCAUCAGCUCCCGAAAUCCUAUUAUCCGUGAUUGAAGUCUGCGGACACAAGUUCGAAGCUGGUCACUUGGGCCCGAGUACAAUCGUAGGAAGUGCUGCCUUCAACAUGUUCAUCAUCAUCGCCCUCUGCGUUUACGUCGUCCCAGAUGGUGAAGUCCGCAAAAUCAAGCACCUGAGGGUCUUCUUUGUGACGGCAGCCUGGAGUAUCUUCGCCUACAUAUGGCUCUACUUGAUCCUGUCGGUCUUCUCUCCUGGUGUGGUGGAAGUUUGGGAGGCCGUUCUGACUUUCCUGUUCUUUCCGCUCUGCGUGGUUCAGGCUUGGAUCGCCGACCGCCGCUUGCUGUUUUACAAAUACGUCCACAAACGCUACCGCACUGACAAGAACCGAGGCAUAAUCAUCGAGACAGAAGGGGACGGGAUGUUCACCAAGAUGGACAUGGAGAUGGAUGGCCAAGGCGCCAAUUCCCACCAUAAGGAAGCACUAGAUGGGAUGCUGGCUGGUGUAGAGGAAGGAGGAGGCGGAGGAGAAGAAGAAGAGGCCAGAAGAGAAAUGGCUCGAACUCUGAAGGAGCUGAAGCAGAGACACCCGGAGAAAGACAUGGAGCAGCUGAUUGAGAUGGCCAAUUAUCAAGUGCUGGUGCAGCAGCAGAAGAGUCGAGCUUUCUAUCGCAUCCAAGCCACUCGGAUGAUGAUCGGCGCUGGGAACAUCCUAAAAAAGCAUGCAGCAGACCAGGCUAGGAAGGUGGUGAGCUGCCAUGAGGCAAACCCGCAGGAGGAGGACCCUCACACCAUCUACCUGGAGUUUGAGCCCUCACAUUACCAAUGCUUCGAGAACUGCGGCUCCUUGAAGCUCUCUGUGACCCGGCAUGGAGGAGAUAGUGGCUGCACCGUCAAGGUUGACUAUCGCACAGAGGAUGGCACCGCUAACGCCGGAUCCGACUAUGAGUUUGCUGAGGGCACUCUGGUCUUCAAACCAGGAGAGACGGUUAAGGAGCUCACGGUCGGCGUGAUUGAUGACGACAUAUUCGAGGAAGAUGAGCAUUUCUACGUUCACCUCAGCAACCCUCGAGUCGUCCACCGUGCCGAAGUCUCCAUCCUCGACCCCAAUGCGGUGUCGCCGGGGAACAGCAUCAUAGGCUCCAGCCACGUUCCUCCAAAAGCCGCCCUGGGAAAUGCUCACUCUGCCACAGUGACCAUUUAUGACGAUGACCACGCGGGGAUCUUCACCUUCGAGAGCAAUUCAACAAGAGUGAGCGAGAGCGUGGGGAUCAUGCAGGUGAAGGUCCACAGGACAUCUGGAGCGAGGGGCAAGGUGGCAGUCCCGUACCACACUACUGAGGGCACUGCCAAAGCUGGAGAAGAUUAUGACGAGGUGGCCGGCAAACUGGAGUUCCUCAAUGAUGAGACCAUGAAGAUCCUGGAGGUGAAGAUCAUUGACGAUGAGGAGUACGAGAAGAACAAAACCUUCACCAUCCACCUGGGGGAGCCGGUGUUGCUGGAGAUCGGGCAGAAACACGGAGACUCUAAUGAUAACAAACCAGCAGUGGGUGCUGAGGAAGAAGAGGUGGCCAAGAUGGGCUGUCCGAGUCUGGGAGAGCACACCAAACUGGAGGUGGUCAUAGAAGAGUCGUAUGAGUUUAAGAAUACCGUGGACAAGCUAAUAAAGAAGACUAACCUUGCGCUGGUGGUGGGCAGCAGUAGCUGGAGAGAGCAGUUUGUCAGCGCCGUCACUGUCAGUGCAGGAGAUGACGAUGAGGAAGAGAGCGGAGAAGAGCGCUUGCCCUCCUGCUUCGAUUACAUCAUGCACUUUCUGACGGUUUUCUGGAAGGUUCUGUUCGCUUUCGUACCCCCAACAGAAUACUGGAAUGGCUGGGCCUGCUUUAUUGUCUCCAUCACACUCAUCGGGGUCCUGACUGCUGUAACUGGAGAUCUGGCAUCUCAUUUUGGUUGUACAGUAGGCCUGAAGGACACAGUCACAGCCGUGGUGUUUGUGGCCUUGGGCACUUCUGUACCUGACACCUUUGCCAGCAAGGUGGCAGCCAUCCAGGACCAAUACGCCGAUGCGUCCAUUGGAAAUGUGACCGGUAGUAAUGCAGUUAAUGUCUUCCUGGGUAUCGGAGUGGCGUGGACCAUCGCUGCAGUGUACUGGCACAGUCAAGGCAAAAAAUUCCAAGUCCCACCAGGGUCAUUGGCGUUCUCCGUCACCCUCUUCACCAUCCUGGCACUGGUAUGUGUUGUGACACUACUGUACCGCCGCCGGCCCUCUGUGUCCGGGGGCGAGUUGGGGGGCCCGCGAACCCCCAAGCUGCUCACCGCAUUCCUCUUUAUCGUGCUGUGGCUCAUCUACAUCAUGCUGGCCUCGCUGGAGGCCUACUGCCACGUGCCUGGCUUCUGAGAAAGUUCCUAAGACAGACGCAUUCUUCGCUGUACAACCCCAUCAUUCCUCUCCAUUUUUGUGUCUAAAAUGAGUGUUUAAAGAUAAUUAUUGUUGUUAAAUCUGAACUCGCCUCCUUUCACUUACACUGCUGUGGGUAUCUAGAUAGGUGUCAGUGGAGGAUGAUGGAGGCUCCGUGUUUUCAUGCACAGCUUCUCUUUAUAAAUGGAUUUCUCUUACAUGGUGUGUUGCCACCACCUGGAUAUUCAGACGCAGCAACAUUUUCCAGAAUAGUCUCCAGAGAGCCCCCUCAGCGUUUUUCUUGCUUCAGUGCUGUCUUUUUUUUCCAGGAUGGUCCUUUAUGCCUCGCUUCAAUAUUCUUUCAGAAAUCCCUCUUAUAUCAUUCUCUGUUCCCUCCCAGUCGCUGUCAAUAGAUUCAUUCCCACUGCAGACAUUUGGGCAUGCUUCACACCUCUAUCUACCCUCAAGACAUAAACACUCUGUUUCAUCUGUCUGCUCUUGCCUGUUACUGCAGCUCACUGCAGACUUAUGUACCACCCUAGCCAUAUUCAUUUUUCUCAUCUGUAAUUUCUGCUCAAGUGAUCUGGUAAGGGCUGACUCUACUGUAAUUCGAUAUUUGUCAAUAACCCUAACUAAUUGGACUCAAACCACUGACCAUGCCCCGAUGAUACCUACACCAAAACUUUGAUCUCACUUGCAAUAAUGAUACCUCUUCGUCACUAUUGACCCAGCAGCUUCUUCAUCUCUGAGCCCAAAAUUUCAGAUAUGCCUUUUUGAUGUCUGAUCUGCUCAAUUAAUAUCUAAACCACACCCAUUUCAGUUUUGACUCCACCCAUUAUACUACCUCUACUACGUCUUCUUUAUACUUCACCCAUCUCCAAUAUUACCACCCUUAACCUAUUUAUGACCUCACCAUUUUUUUUACAGCUCAUUUGAUCCAAAUUAUUUACCUUAUUCUUCAAUGAAGAAGUGCAUUUGUUUUUGCGAUAGUACUGAUACAGUUGCAUAUGGGGGAAAUGACUAGGAAUAAUAUACGGCUGAACAAACAAGUGUGUUUAUGACUAUACAGGCAAAGCAGUAUAAUAUAAUAAGAAAAUAUCAGUUAGCAACAUCAAACAGC